AUGUCUUUCUCGUUCGGUUUUAGUGGCGAUGAUAUUGAAGAUGACAGUGGCAGUGAAGAGCAAGCGGGCCUUGUGGACGAGAUGGUGAAGCAUUCGAUCUCGGAGAGCACUACAUCACAUAGCAUCAAGCCCAAAACACACUCUUUACGUGAGCUUCUACAGCACAUUCCAUCCCAGAUAUCGUAUAAUGCAUUGACAAUAUCACCACUCCCGAAGAUGACGCAAUCAACAUAUCUACGUUCCGUAAACGAAGGUCACUCAACACAAAUCCAACGACGGUCUCUAUUCGAUAUCCGCGCCCAACUAAUGGCGGAAGUGAACCCGGAGGAAGACGACAUCUCAGACAGCCUGCUAUCGGGCCUGGAAAACGGAGACCUCACGUCCGGAGUCUACGAAGGCGGGUUCAAGACCUGGGAAUGCGCACUCGAUCUUGCGUCACUGUGCGCCGGACUUGAUUUCGGGUCUGGGGGCGCCAAUGGCUGGGAUGUGGUAGAACUCGGAGCUGGGAGUGCCAUUCCCAGUCUGACGAUUGUGAGGAACUACCUGGGCAGUGCAGCGAAGGGAGAUCUCAGGAUGACGUUGUGUGAUUACAAUGAAGAUGUGUUGAGACUGGCGACUGCGCCGAAUCUGCUUGUCAACUACCUUCAACAAGUGACGGCGGUGGCUUCCUCGUCAGGUGCUCCUCCCGAGGACAUCUCAGAGGAAGGCGAGCUGGACGUCGAAGCACUAGGGCCAGAGCCAAUCGAAAACUCAGAGUCGAGCCUUCGACAGCGUGGAAUAACUGUCAACUUCUUGUCUGGAGGCUGGGGUGAUGCGUUCAUCGACAAAUUCGCGACUCUGACAUCGGCGUCCUCAUCUUCUCGGGAAGCAAGAAACCUGCUGAUACUGGCCUCGGAGACGAUCUACUCGCUCACUUCGACAAAGAUAUUUGCCGAGACACUCCUGCAAUUGAUCCGACGACAUCGGGAGACAUAUGAUAGGGGUGAUGCUAAAGCGUGGGUUGCGGCGAAGAAAGUCUACUUUGGUGUUGGCGGAGGGGUGGACGACUUUGUGCGCCAGAUCGAGAGUCAGCAUGGUGAAGUUCGGCUUCUCUACGAGACGAGUGAUACGGGAGUGGGCAGGGUGAUAUUAGAAGUCAGUGUGCCGACAUGA